GGUAUGGAGCCGUGUGCUGCGUGUGUCCGGCUUCCAGCAGUCUAACUUUGUGUGUUUACCAUGACGGAGUCAGAGUCAGAGUCCGGCAGUAAACUGGUCUCAUGUCGGUUUCAGAAAGCCCCUGUGUCAGAGCUUCACACAGUCUUCUCCGGUCAGCCGUACUCUGUGUCCGUGCUUAAGGUUGGGUACUGUGUGAAUCAGGCUGACGGCACGUUCACAGCCGACGGAACCAUUACCCUCAUAACGGGACCCAAGACUGUUCUGGUGGACACCGGCGGACCGUGGGACCGAGACUUUCUACUAACGGCGCUGAAGGACAGAGGCCUGGAACCGACAGACGUUAACGUAGUCGUGGGGACUCACGGACACUCGGACCACGUCGGUAACCUGAGUCUGUUUCCAACAGCGCUGAUGAUUGUAGGAUAUGACGUCAGUGAGGGGGACACGUACCGAGCCACCGGCCUGUCAGCGGGACGUGUUUACUGUAUCGAUGAGCACGUAUCUGUAGUUCCCAGUCCAGGCCACACAGGACAGGAUGUCAGCGUGCAGGUGAAGGGAACCUCCGCAGGCACAGUGCUUGUUGUAGGGGACUUGUUUGAGAGCUGCUCAGAUGAGGACAGCUGGCGGGAUCUCAGUAUGAACAUUGUAGUACAGGAGGUCAGCCGGCAGGAGGCGCUAAACAUAGCAGACGUAAUCAUACCAGGACACGGACUCCCGUUCAGAGUCCUCCGGAACUGAUGGACCAACCAAGUGACUUGAUUGACUGUAGCUGGAGAUUUAGAACUUGACAUAAUGUUGUCAUACUGAGAAAGUUUACACGCCUGAUAACACACUUUCAUCUGGAGUGAGCAGCUCAUCAGUUGUCUGCCCAUACAGGCAAAAUAUUUGUUACACGUCACUCGACUCAUGACAACUACUGAACGCGCCUGUAUUCAUGUCUGCAUCCUGUAACAAGGUGUCAGCUUCACUGUGGCUUAAUAAAUGUUCUAUCAUUCAUUCAUUUUCCAUGACCACUUAUCCUUCUCAGGGUCGAGGCAUAUCAACUGCUGAUGAGUCAGAAUAUU